AUGGAGAUCGAGCCUUGCUUUGCCAGAGGAUGGUCCAUGAAGCGCGGGCAUCGCAAGCGCAUCGAGGCAUGCAGUUGGAAGGCGUUGCACUCCUGUUCCAGCGCGUGGGGCCGCUCAGUGGUGAAGCGAACAGUGAACACGGUGCACAAAGCCCACUUCUGGUUCUCGAACGAGCCUCGGGCUGUGCAGGCCAAGCAGAGAUUGCUGGGGCACAUGAUUCUGGAAGGCCUAGCUGAGUUCUAUGCCGAGGAAGAGGAGGUUGAAGAUUUGCCGGAGCUGAGCGAUCCACUGGAGACGGAAAAUGCGGAGCACUUUUGUACGUCGCUCAUCUUGCAGGCCAAGCCUGGUGACUUGGAGGUCCCAUCGAGGGAUUUGUUUUCUGAAACUGCCAGCGAUUGUAAGGCAAACGAGAUGUGCGAAGUGUCCUCAGUUUGCUCUACUACAGCUGGCACAGUCUCCUGUGACAGCCCAUUUUCCUCUCGACGCACCCCAUGGGAGACAGCAUUGGUUCGUGCAGAGGUUUCUGCCAGGCAGUACUUUGCACUCCAUGGUGAAAAGUCUAAGCCAAGAGUGAAGAAAGUGAGGCAGAGUCAGCGUCCAUAUUCAGUGCCAGAGAAGGUUGCGGAAGAGCUCAGGCAACUUGGUGCUAAGGUUACUUGCGACAGAAAGGCGUGUGCUUUUGAGCAGUUUCGCUGGGAAUUCUUGCAAAACCACCUUUCUCAGGUUGGACCCUCGCUCCGGAGCUUGUAUGGGAGCUGGCUGUUCCGGCCGACCCCUUUGUCAGCUGCGGUGCAGGAUAGAUUCUGGCAGGCCUACCAGACAUGCAGUGACAAGCUGACAGUGGCAUACCAUGGCACGAACGAGGCUUUUCUGCCUUCCAUUUACAGCCAGGGAUUGCAGAUUCCGGGCAAGGACACUGGGGUUCGCGUCGCCAAUGGCUCUGUUCUGGGAGUGGGAAUUUAUACGGCGAAGGGGCACUCGGCAUCCACAUCGUUCCGCUACACUCGUGGGGCGAGCAAGCCCAUGUUAGUUUGUGCUGCCCUGGAUGACGACGAGCUUGUGAAGCACACCCCAAGCGUCAUGGUCUUCUUUGAUGACACGCGUGUGGUGCCUCUCUUUGAGGCUACCGCCACAGUUCGGGCGAAGCCUGUGGCUAGAGUAGCUCCGGCAGCUGUCCCAAGGGUUGGCCCCCGGACGCGCCUCCAACGACCGCAGGACCCCCUUGUGGCUUUCCUGUCUCGGCGGGCAGCAUGCAAGAGGCGUGGGUAA